AUGCCUAGGCCGGGGAAGAGCUCCUACAGCGACCAGAAGCCCCCCUACUCCUACAUCUCCCUGACGGCCAUGGCCAUUCAGCACUCGGCCGAGAAGAUGCUGCCCCUGAGCGACAUCUACAAGUUCAUCAUGGAGCGGUUCCCCUACUAUCGGGAGCACACGCAGCGCUGGCAGAACUCCCUCCGCCACAACCUCUCCUUCAACGACUGCUUCAUCAAGAUCCCGCGCCGCCCCGACCAGCCGGGCAAGGGCAGCUUCUGGGCGCUGCACCCGGACUGCGGGGACAUGUUCGAGAACGGCAGCUUCCUGCGACGCCGCAAGCGCUUCAAGGUGCUACGCCCCGAGCAUCACCUGCCCGGCGGCGGGGCGGGCGGCGCGGGGGGCGGCUCCGGCAAGCUCCCGGCGCCCGCUCCGCACAUGCUGCACUACUUCCACCCGCACCCGCCGCCUCCGCCCCCUGGAAAGGUGCCGGCGCUGCCGGGCUCCGAGGCUGCCGUGGCCGCCGCCGCCGCCGUGGGCAGGCUGCCGCAGUUCUCGUCCUACGGGAGCAGCCAGCCCUCGGGCUUCAAGCACCCCUUCGCCAUCGAGAACAUCAUCGGCAGAGAUUACAAGGGUGUGCUGCAGGCCGGCGGGCUGCCACUUGCCUCGGUGAUGCACCACCUGGGCUACCCGGUGCCCGGCCAGCUGGGCGGCGUGGUGAGCUCCGUGUGGCCGCACGUGGGGGUGAUGGACUCGGUGGCCGGCGUGCCCGUGUCCCACGACUACGGACCCUUCGGCGUACCCGUGAAGGCGCUCUGCCACCCGCCGGCACAGACCAUGCCCGCCGUGCCGGUGCCCAUCAAGCCGGCGAUGCCCGCCGCCUCGGAUAUCCCCGCUCUGACCGUCGCCGCCCCGCAGAUCUGCCCCGCCGCCUCCCCCGCCGCGGCGCUGCUGGAGCAGGCGGCGAGCGGCGCCCCCGAGGGCAAGGGCUCCCUCCACUCCGUCCUGGUGCACUCCUAA